AUGCAGUUUGCUGAGACGGAGGAAGCCCCAUAUUACCCAACACUCAGCCAACUGAUACAAGUACAAAAACGAAGACUUUUAAAGCUCAGCACGUCUCACGACGACCUUACGAACAGGGAAAUUACCGCUGUCAAUCGUUGGCUUCCAAAACCGUCUCGGCAUUCGCGUGAAAUCGACCUCGCCACAUUCCACGGAGAGGAGCCCACUUUAAAACUAAUGGCUAAGUAUGAACAAUUCUCAACGGUUUGUCAUUUGACCAGUUGUAAAAAUGCGAGACGAGUGAUUGAGGACAACGGUAUAGAUCCAGAAAUCAGAACAUUCGACUCGCCUCUUGCGAAAGAGUCCGUAAAAGUCAGAAGUAUUGGAUUUGAGGCAAAUACAGACACCAACCUCCGAGAGCUGAAGAAAAUCCUGAAGGAAAAAAAAAGGCUACAGGUCAAGUGGCUGCUUAAUCUUCAUGGUGAUUCAGGGAUCGUAAACAAGAAGCCUUCACGCUACCGCAUGGCUGACGAUGACGUCAACAGGUGGCAUCACUACAUCCUGGACAUUACAGACUAUGCCAAGACUUCAUUGUGUCGCAUCCUGGUCACACCUCGCGUAUAUUCAAACUUGAUUCCCUAUGAUCCUACAAAACUGGGUGGUCCAUGGUACUGGGACCUGGUGAAUGACGAGCAUUACUGCUUGCAAAGAGUGUUAGGUUACGAUGGCGAGGAGCGCCCUUUGGUGACUGAGUUUUGGCGGGAAUCUGACUUCAUUGGUUUGUCUGUCCCAGGCCCCGACUGGAGCGUGAUACAUGACGUCGAGUUCAUCCGCUCCGCGACAUCUUGUGCCAGUAAAGGAGAAAUCGAAGACGCUGAGCUACUUGUCUUGUCCUGGGUUCACAGCCAAUCAGAAAAAUUCAUCAGAAGCUUAAGCGGCAUCGAAGGAUUGGGACAGAGUCGCUUGCAACGAGCCUUGCGUGAUACUCUGAAGGAGCUUCCCUCUAUUUCAAAGAAAUUUGAUCAUUCCUGCGAGCCUAACACUAUUUAUGUCCAUAACGAUGCUGUGGCAACGCUCGCACAUUCACCCCCACGGGAGAGUUUUUGUCGCGAGUUGGGAAUCUCGGGUAGUUUAGUUUUUGUCAAAGCUUGUCUCGGUUUACUGUGCCAAAGUCAGAAUUUGAACGAUUUGAGAGAGUACCUUGUUGGUAACCCUGUGAGUCUGCAAGCUCUCUUUCAGUGGUUAUUGGAUUAA